AUGUACAGAAGCUGCCUUUUAGAAAAAGAAGCGGGCAUGUACCCGGGCGCUCUCAGGAGUCCCGCGGGGGGCGGCACCGCCGGGACUGGCAGCAGCGGGGGCGGUGGGAGUGCGCUGCCAGCCUCCAACUUCACAGCGGCCCCGGCUUACACGCACUGCAUGGGGUAUCCCCAUGUGCCCAGCAUAGAUCUCCACCGGUCGUCCUUGGCGGCCUGGGGCUCACCCUAUAGCCCCCCUCGGGAAGACUGGAGCGCGUACCCCGGGCCGUCCAGUACUAUGGGCACAAUGCCCAUGAACGACGUGACCUCGAGCCCCGCCGCUUUCGGCUCGCAGGAGUACAGCAACCUGGGAGCCGCGGGCGGUGGAAGCAGCGCUGGCACCCUGCCAGCUCCAGCUGGCGGGUCGCUGUUCCCCUUCGACGCCGGCCCCGCCAACGCCUGUUCUCCCAACAGGAGCCGCCACAGCCCCUAUGCUUGGAUGCGCAAGAGCGUGCAGGUGCCUGGGAAGACCAGGACAAAAGAGAAGUAUCGCGUGGUUUACACAGAUCAUCAAAGGUUGGAGCUGGAAAAGGAAUUCCACUGCAAUAGAUACAUUACCAUUCGGAGAAAAUCAGAGCUGGCAGUCAACCUGGGCCUUUCUGAAAGACAGGUGAAAAUCUGGUUUCAGAAUCGCAGAGCCAAAGAGAGAAAGAUGAUCAAAAAGAAAAUCUCCCUGUUUGAGAACAGUGGAGGCUCGGUGCAAAGUGACUCUGGCUCCAUCAGCCCUGGGGAACUACCUAACACUUUUUUCACCACCCCAUCUGCUGUCCGUGGAUUUCAGGCUAAUGAGAUACAGCAGGUCAUAGUGUCUGAAUGA